AUGGAGAAUAGCCCGUCUUGCCUACACCCUCCCCCUCGAGAGAAGGACCUCGGCUGGACGGGGACUCCUGGUGGAACCAAUCCCGAGAUGUACAAGAAGUUGCUGAAGAAGGGGAGGAAGGCCUUCAGUACGAGAGCGUGCGUGUCUCCCUUCGCCUAUCCUUCUAAGAUGUCACUGUCGUACCCCAAAGGCAAUCCGAACGGGGAACUAGAGGCUAUCCAACAGCUGGGGAAGACGAAGCUGCACCAGCUGUGGCAGGAGGAAGAUGGCGACCUGCAGCAGUUCGAGGCGCAGUGCAUCCCCCUGGAGAACCUCAUCUACGCGGCGGGCAUCACCUCUCCGAUCGACCUCCUGGUGCUCGACAUGUCUGGCACUGACCUCGACGUCCUGCUCAAUUCGAAGCUCGAGAUGGUGCCUGAUAUGGAG